GGCGCCCCGUCCCACCCGUGUCCCACCCGCGUCCGUGUCCCCCCCAGAUGGGCUUUCCUGGAGGUGACCACCAACGCCUCGUACAGCGACAGCUUACAGGCCUACGCCGCCGGGCUCGCCGAGGCCGCCGUCUCUGAGCAGCUGAUGUACAUGCACUGGAUGAACACCAUGGUGGGCUACUGCGGCCCCUUCAAGUACGAGAGCGAUUACUGCGAGAAGCUGCGGAGGUACCUCGAGGCCAACCUGGGCUGGAUGGAGGAGCAGAUGGCGAAGGGGGAGGACCCUGAGUACUGGCACCAGGUGCAUCUGGCCCUGCUGCAGCUGAAGGGGCUAGAGGACAGCUACAACGGCCGCCUGGACUUCCCCCGGGGCAGGUUCACCCUGGCGCCCUUCGGCUUCCUCCUGCUGCAGUUGGGGGGUGACCUGGAGGACCUGGAGUCUGCCCUGAACCGCUCCUCCCCGCAGCGCGUCCUGGGCUCAGGCUCUUGCUCUGCCCUCCUAAAGCUGCUGCCGGGCCAUCGAGAUCUCCUGGUGGCCCACGACACCUGGACCUCCUACCAGUCCAUGCUGCGAAUCAUCAAGAAGUACACGCUGCCCUUCCGUGCCUCGGCCGGCGGCAGUUCUCAGAUCCCUGGAAGCAUCCAGGUGUUUUCUUCCUACCCUGGCACCAUCUUCUCCGGGGAUGACUUCUACAUCCUCAGCAGUGGGUUGGUAGCGCUGGAAACCACCAUUGGGAACAACAACCCGGCCCUGUGGAAGUACCUGGACCCGCAGGGCAGCGUCCUGGAGUGGCUGAGGAACAUCGUGGCCAACCGCCUGGCCCGCAGCGGGCCCGAGUGGGCCGCCGUCUUCCGACGGUUCAACAGCGGCACGUACAACAACCAGUGGAUGGUGGUGGACUAUAACGCCUUCGCGCCAGGGAGGGCGAGCCCGCCGCCGGGCCUGCUGACCGUGCUGGAGCAGAUCCCGGGCCUGGUGGUGGCGGCCGAUCAGACGGAGCUGCUGUACCAGCAGGGCUACUGGGCCAGCUACAACCUGCCGUACUUCGAGGAGAUCUUCAACGCCAGCGGGAACCCUGAGCUGGUGAAGAAAUACGGCGACUGGUUCACUUACGACAAGAACCCACGUGCCCAGAUUUUCCGUCGGAACCAGACGCUGGUCCAUGACCUGGACUCCAUGGUCCGCCUGAUGAGGUCCAACAACUACCUGCAGGACCCGUUGUCACGGUGCAGGGGCUGUGACCCCCCCCAGAAUGCGGAGAACGCCAUCUCUGCCCGCUCUGACCUCAACCCCCCCAACGGCACCUACCCCUUCCCCGCCCUGCGCCAGCGCUGCCACGGCGGCACCGACAUGAAGGUCACCUCCUCAGGCAUGGCCCCCACCUUUGGGCUGGUGGCCGCCAGUGGCCCCGCCUGGGCCGACGUGCCCCCCUUCCGCUGGAGCGCGUCCCCCUGCACCGCGCUGCUGCACAUGGGGCACCCUGACCUCUGGACCUUCCCCCCCAUCAAGGUCCGCUGGGACUGAGCAGCACUGCUGGGCUGAACCCUGUCUGUCCGUCCACCUGCGGGCGUCUGUCCCCUUUACAUAGGGGCAGCUGGGUGCAGGGCUGGGGUGGGGGGGGCGCAGUGCUGCCUGCUGUCCUCUAUCCCCCGGGGACUGGCUUUGGGUGCAAAGGGGGCUCCCCUGCUCCCCCUGGGUCUCUCUGCUUCUGCCUCUCGCUGCUGUGUCCCCACGGUGCUGGGCCAGGGGCCGUGCCCUGUCCCCGCCACGGGGCUCCGGCCCUGAGACCUUUCCCUGGGUGCUGACACCUGGUCUGGGGGGGCUCUCCCCAGAAAAGGGGGGAUCCUGGGAGGCUGGGGCUCGCCUGUGGGGCAGAGAGGAAGGGAGUGAGAGCUGGUUUGGCUGUGAUAAAUAAAACCGUCUGCGUGCAAGAGGUGGUGGCUGUCCUUUGCGCUCUG